AGCCGGAGACGCGGCGCGAUGGGCGGCUGCGGGGAGCGGCGCGUGGCGGGGCGCCUCCACCUGCUGCUGGUGCUGCUGCUGGCGGCCGCGCGGUCCGAGCCGGCCCGGGGCGCGGAGCCCUGGACCGAGGAGAAGUAUCAUCACCAACCUGCCAUUUUGGAUCCCGCAUCACUUGGGCACAUUGCAGAGGGCACCAACAUCUCCAACAUGUGGAAGGACGACCUGACCCCGAUACUGAUAGAGCGUGUCCCCGGCACUUCUGGAAGCUACGCAGCCCGCCUGCACAUCCUGAAGAGGCUCCAGAGGCUGAAAGCCCCGUGGUCUGUGCAAGUAGACACGUUCCUGAGCUGGACCCCCUUUGGUUACCGGUCUUUCUCCAACAUCAUCAGCACCCUUAAUCCCUCCGCCAAACGCCACUUGGUCCUCGCCUGCCACUAUGACUCCAAGUAUAUGCCCCAGUGGAACCAAGUGUUUGUGGGUGCCACCGACUCUGCCGUGCCCUGCGCCAUGAUCCUAGAGCUGGCCCGCGCCUUGGACACGCAGCUUCUCUCCUUGAAGACCCAGGUGGAAGGCUCUCGCUCAGACCUGUCCCUGCAGCUGAUCUUCUUUGAUGGUGAGGAGGCCUUUCAGACCUGGUCCCCCAACGACUCCCUCUAUGGCUCCCGGAACCUGGCCAGCAAGAUGGGGGCCACGCCGCACCCACCAGGGGCCAGGGUCACCACCCAGCUGCACGGCAUUGAUUUAUUUGUCUUGCUGGAUCUGAUUGGAGCCCCGAACCCCAGGUUUUCCAGCUUUUUCCCCAACACUGCCAGGUGGUUUAGAAGAUUGCAAGAAAUUGAACGUGAACUCCAUGAAUUGGGUUUGCUCAAGAACCACUCGUUGGAGAGACCCUAUUUCCAGACUGAGAGCCAGGGAAUGGGCAUUCAGGAUGACCAUAUUCCAUUCUUGAAAAGAGGGGUCCCAGUUCUGCUUCUCAUCACGUUUCCUUUUCCUGAUGUCUGGCACACCAUGGACGACAAUGAAGAGAAUCUGGACAGAGGCUCCAUCGACAACCUGAACAAGAUCAUGCAAGUGUUUGUGGCCGAGUACCUGCAUCUCAGGCCUCUGUCAUAGCUGGCUGUGCCUGAGAAGGACCCAGCAGUUCUCAAGGACAGAAUCGCGGUGACAUCUGAUUGCAGCCAACGUUACGAGGAAGCCUCUACCGUCGUGCUCCUCGCUGCAGAUCUCUUUGAAUAUGUGAUCAAUAAAUCCUAGAUUUGCAUCAGA